AUGCAACAAGGAUAGAGAUUGAAAGAAGCUACUGAAGGAUAGAUAGUUUAAGCUGGAAAUAAGAUCGGAGGACCCUUUAAAAUUGGAAAGCCUGUUUAUUAAGAAAAGAGAUUGAAGUUGUUUAAUGAAAUAUAUCAACGCCAAAAAGCAGAACUAGAGGCUAAAGAGAAGACCCCAAUUACCAUAACCCUAAAGGACGGAAAGAAAAUAGAAGGUAAAAAGUGGGUUACUACUCCAUUGAUGAUUGCUGUUGGAAUUAGUAAGAAGUUGGCUGAAAGCAUGGUGGCUGCUAAAGUAGUAUACGAUACCUUAUUUGAGAAAAAUUUUGUGGAUGUAGAUCAUGAGGAAUAACAAUCACAAGGAUCCUAAUUGAAUUUGAAACCUGAUUACGUGAUUUGGGAUUUGACUAGACCAUUGGAAGGAGAUUGCCAAUUGGAACUAUUGAGUUUCGAUGAUAAUAAUGGUAAGGAAGUAUUUUGGCAUUCAUCUUCCCACAUUUUGGGUUCAGCAUUGGAAGAAGUAUAUGGAUGUCAUUUGUGUAUUGGUCCUGCAAUUGAUGGUGGAUUCUUUUAUGAUUGCUACAUCGGAGAUUACAAGGUCACUCAGAAUGAUUAUGUAAAAAUAGAGAAAGCUGCUUCGGAUUUAGCAGCAUCCAAAUAAGAAUUUUAAAGAGCAGUCUUAACCAAAGAUGAAUGUUUAGAAUUAUUUGGUACUAAUCCAUUUAAGAGACAGUUGAUAACCAAUAAGAUCCCAGAAGGAGCGAUGACUACUGCUUACAAAUGUGGUAAUUUAAUCGAUUUAUGCACUGGUCCACAUUUGCCCAAUACUAGCUAUGUUAAGGCAUUUUAAGUGACCAAGAACUCAGCUGCUUAUUGGUUGGGUAAGAACACCAAUGAUGAUUUGUAAAGAGUUUAUGGUGUUUCAUUCCCAAGUAAGAAAUUGUUGGAUGAAUAUGUCAAAAUAUAAAAGGAAUUAGCCUUAAGAGAUCACAGAAAUGUAGGUAAGAAACAGAAUUUGUAUCUGUUCCAUCAAUUGUCUCCUGGAUCAGCUUUCUUCUAUCCAAGUGGUGCUCAUAUUUACAACACUCUAAUGAACUUUUUAAGAAGACAAUACUAUAUCAGAGGCUAUUAAGAAGUUAUUUCACCAAACAUCUUCAAUGCUUAACUCUGGAAGAUAAGUGGACAUUAUGAUAAGUAUAAGGAAAACUUGUUCUUCAUUAACAUGGGUGAAGAGGGAGAAUAUGGUUUGAAACCCAUGAAUUGUCCAGGACAUUGUCUUAUGUUUGAUAUGAUCCAACACAGUUACAGAGAUUUACCAGUUAGAUUUGCUGAUUUUGGUGUCUUACACAGAAAUGAAGUACAUGGUGCUUUGAGUGGAUUGACCAGAGUUCGUCGUUUCUAAUAGGAUGAUGCACAUAUCUUCUGUAGAAUGGAUCAAAUCUAAGAAGAAAUCAAGAGUUGUCUUGACUUUUUAAGUUACAUCUAUUCACUCUUUGGAUUCGAAUUCAAAUUGUAUUUGAGUACUCGUCCUGAAAAAUUCUUGGGAACCAAAGAAGUCUGGGAUAAUGCUGAAUAUCAACUAGAAUAAGGAUUAAAGAAAUUUGGAAAACCCUUUGAAGUCAAUCCUGGAGAUGGUGCUUUCUAUGGACCAAAAAUUGAUGUCAAAUUAUAUGAUGCCUACAAGAGAGAACACUAAUGUGGUACCAUUCAAUUAGAUUUCAAUUUGCCUGAAAGAUUUAACUUGUAAUACAGAGCCAGCGAAGAUGUUUAAGAAGUCUAAUAGGAUAAGGAAUAACUUCACAAUGAAUAAGUUUAGGCUGCCUAAGAAAUCAUUGAUGUGGUUAGGAAAGCUUCUCAUCAUUCAGACACUGAUAAUAUUACUACUGCCCCUUAAAAUUCUUAAUAAUAACCUGCUGAAGAUCCUGUUUAAGAAAAAGCUCCACAAGAAUAGAAUGUUAAGAAACAAAAGAAAUAAAAGUAAUAAAAAGAACCAUAAUAAUAAUAAUAAGAUUAACAUAAAAAAUAAAAAUUACCUGAAGAUAUUAUUGAAUCUGGUUCAAGUCAAGGAUUAUCUCAACAUGAAUUACACAAAGUCUUACAUGAAAAGAAAUAUGAAUUGGGUUAUCAUCAUUUAAAAGCAGGUUUUGCAAGACCAGUCAUUGUUCACAGAGCUAUUUUAGGAUCAUUGGAAAGAAUGAUCGCUGUGUUGACUGAAUAAUGUGGAGGAAAGUGGCCAUUUUGGUUAUCUCCUAAAUAAUUAGUCUUAUGUCCAGUUUCUGCUUAUUAUAAGGAUGUUGCUGAAAAGAUUGCUGCCAGAUUGAGACUUGAAGGAUACACUGUUACUACUGAUGAAGCUGAUUAAACUCUUGCUAAGAAAGUGCGUAAUGCUCAAAUCUAAUACUUUAACUUUGUUGGAGUUAUUGGUGAAGAGGAAGUAAAAGCUGGUGUUAUUGAUGUCAGAGAUUGUGAAAAAAAUACUAGAAUUGGUAAAUUAACUAUUCCUUAAUUGUGUAAAUUCUUUGAAUCCCUAAAACCUCCUAAAUCAAAUGUAGAAGUUCAAAUUCAUGAGCACGAUGAUUCACAUUUGAAAUUGAAUGAUGAAUUACAAGAAAAGAUGUUCUUGGAAGGCGAUGGCUAUUCUGUUGGGAAGAGAGAUUUCGAUGAAUUUGCUAAAAUUAAAGAUAUUGAUCCUGUUCUAUAAAAUUUGAUCAGAUGGCACAAAUAUAUGACUCAUUUAACUAAAAAAGAUGAGGCACCAGAAAAAGUCGAAUAAGUUGAAUAAAAGCAAGAAUGA